AUGCAUUCUUCCUCGUAUGAUUUCCAGAUGGAGUUUACAGGAAUAGCUUCGCACACGCAGCUGCCGCCGUCUCCGGAACUGAGAAGCGGCUCGUCGGAUGGCUACCUUGGUAGCGACAGCUUUUCCCUGGAUCCCGAUCCAUCGACCGGGACAGAAAGAAAUCCGAGGUCCAGGCUUGUUUCGAUCGCUCGAUACAGUUCCUUCCAGCCUCAAGCUCUGGCAUGCUCGCCUCCUCUUCCGGUAAUGUACUCCGAGAGUCAAAGCUCUUCCGGGAAACGUGGCGUUUCCUCUGCCUCGGCUACAUUACUACGACGGACUCCAACAGAAUUGACCGGAACUACGUCGCUAGGCGCGCUUGCUGGGCUACAUGGAGUCGCUGUAUUCCGCGUAUCAAAGCCCCAUGAACCGCUACUCGUGCUUAAACAUGCUACCGGAUUCAAUAGCACAAAUCGGACUCUCGGCAACGGCGUUCGCUCGCUUUCGUUUCAACCAGAUUCAUCGCAAUCAUUUUACUUAGCGGCUGCGCGAGGUUCGGGUGUACUUGUGUGGGAUGUGAGCGGUCACAGUUUAAGCCCUUUGUGGGGUCGACUUGAGAUCGACGAUGGUACCACAGGAGCUGCUCGGCCACCGAUUACAAGUAUAUGCUGGCAACCCGUGACGAACAAUGCCCCAUAUUUAGCUGCUUCGACAGCGAAGAGCGCUUGUAUAUGGGAUUUGCGAGAGUCUGCAGUGGCUUCGACACACUUUAAACCCAGUUUACGAUUUGGGAUAUCUCGGAAGAAUCUAGUUACUGCGGCUCCGUAUGUUCAGCUCGCUUGCUCAGGGCAGAACGAAUGCGCCAUCUUGGAUGCUGCCGGGAUGCUGCGGAUCUUCGAUAUGCGCCUAACUGACCGUAGUCGCCUGUCGAUGGGCGAUUUGAGCAGCUUUGCAGCAUUCAGUCAUGCCGGAGUGGGCGUAGCACAUAUGGGGAAAAGUCUUAGUAGCGAGAAUGCGAGAUGGGUAGCAUGGGGACUCGACGCACCAUCAGGCAGCGACGCUACAGUAAAGGUCUGGUCAGAGACAACCGGGAACUCCCAGGAUGUAUCUGAAGUCGAAGGCAACGCGUCGGAAAAUUUAUGGCUUACGGAUACACCAUCAGGACAAGACACGCCAAUGGAGCUGGGGAAAAUUUCGGACUAUCAUCUCUCGGCACAAUGUACACUGCCAAACCUGGCAUGCGCACGGGUUUGUCCAAUACCGACAGAAGAUAGUAUACUCACGGUGAGCCUUACGAAUAAUGAAGGAUUACGUUCGUGGAAGGCUGAUCUCUGGAAGCUUACGAAUGAUACAGGAACCCAAAGUAUGAAACGCAUCGUGAGUUUUACUGCAGGGGAAGGGUCGGACUAUGGUAUUAUGUCGACGGUAGAAAAUGCCGAUACACUUGGGAAUGUUUGCGCCUCGGAGCUGGCCAUAGUCAAUCCUCUUUCAUCUAUAGGAGGCACCGCUGCUUCACUACCUGCGCACAGUACAUUGAUCCUUUGUAGCUUGACUGAGAAUGGAUAUGUUACCACGCAUUCAAAGUUGACCGAAGAAUUACGAAUUGGCAAUCCUCGCAGUUCGUUAUUCCCCUCUCACUCACACAUACGAGUAUUUCCAGGUGAGCAGGAAAUGAUGGUAACAGACGCGGCGAAAGCUUGGACCGAUCCGAUUGAGCGCUUGGUGCGGUUACCAAGCGACUAUCUACCAGCUCAAAAAAACGAUGUUCAAUCUAUUCAAACUUCAGGAAGCGGUCUUUUGGGCAUUGACAUGGAAACGCCUUUUUUGUUUCAUACGACAAAUGCCUCAGUUUCAGGAGUUCCAAACAAGUCGUUGCCGGCGAACGCAAAGUCUUCCCAUAUUAUCUCAGGCCCGCAAACUCAGGAGGACGGUACUCCGGUUGUGACAAGAGAUAUAGACGCCGAUCGAGUUCCUUGUCCUCGUUUGUGCGGUGCAACUUUUGGACAAGGAAUAGGCGGUUUGUCGCUCUAUCGCAACGGUGACGUGAAACAGAUGUGGACAUGGUACGAUCAAAAAUCCGAGGUUCGUAUUCGUUCUAUUCCAAAGCUGGUCAACAGCCAAUCUCCAACCUCUCGCAACCACCUUUCGGUGAAACACUUUAAGGAGGAGAAGCCACAGCGAGAGUUCCCUAGGACUGUUCGAGACCUUGUAGAAAUGACUACAGCUGCUAAAGAAGCACAAUGGGGUGAACACAGCGAAUCGGAUAUUUCGUCUACUAGCUUUCGAGUUCACGGUGAGAGCUUCUUUGAAGAAGACUCAAAUGGUUCCUCCGAUAGCAAUGAUGUACUUAAAUUGGACGCCAGUGGCGAAGCCGAAGAGAAGGCACUGACGAAUCUGUAUGACGCGCAUUUCUCCGAAUCUCGACAGCUUACGCCAGCAGCGGACGACAACAAUAAAAAGAGUAGUUUCGAAGGGCACCAGUCACAAAGAAAAGCUGUACUCAUCGAUCUGGGCUUUGGAGCAUCCUCUGAAAUGCUCUCCCCUUUGGUGCACGUCACAUUUUCUUACGAUAGAAUUUCUCUCAACCAGCAAAGCGCCUAUCUAGCAAGAAACUGGCUGCUCGGUGAAUGGAAGCCUCAGCAGCCGCUUAGUUUUUUGCUAUCCAAGCCAACAGCGACUGCUUCAGACGAGGGCAAUACAGAUCCAUUGUUGGCUCUACAGGGAAAUGAGAGCCCCCUUCACCUGGACUCUCUUGCUUUCCAGGAUUUUGGACGAGGCGAUCAAGUCACGUCGGCUUCUGAUUUGCCACACUCUAUUCGUCAAAAAUCAUUGGAGAUGUCGUCCCAGCCGCGGUCGAGAAUUCAUCAGAGCGAGGAAGAACGAGGUGUUCGUGGCGGCGAAUACAGUGUCAGACCCGGUAUGCAAGAGUCUAUGGUUUUUCUGAAAAAGCUUUUUUCUCAUCAACAAGAUGGUAUGAAGUCUUUUCCGAGCUUGAUGUCGCCUCCAGACGGUCCUCUACUUCCCAAAAGGCGAUCUCUGGCAAGCACCCGCAAUCAUGAGAAAAUGGAGGGACAUCCUGAAUCAGAGGGACAAGGACGGAGUAAACUUGGUGUUUAUUCUAUCAAUGUCGCCAACGCUGGGCUAGAUCUUGGCGAAGAUCAUGGAUUGAUGAGCAUCAGAACCAUUUGUGAUCAUAAUGCUAAAGUCUCGAGAAAAGCUGACGAAUUUGAAAAGGCAGAAGUAUGGGACCUUUUGUGUCAAGUGGUCGAAGGUAGGAUGAUGGACAAAGGAAGCACAUUCGAUGGCUGGGGCGGACCAGGUGGCGGGGCUUUAGGGGUCAAUCUGGUUCAGAAUAUUUUCCAGUAUUACGAGUCACUUGGAGAUGUACAAAUGCUCUCGACACUGGUGUGCGUACUGCGCGGCGGAUACUCCUCGCAGAAUAUUUUGCGUCCCCGAUGGUAUUUGCUUCCUCGCGACCAAGAAGUGAAAUACGAUACCUAUAUUCACCGAUAUGGUAGCCUUCUAUACUGUUGGGGACUCCUUUCUAUUCGUGCUGAGUUAAGGAAGCAUAUGUCUGGAGCAUUACCGUUUGAUGUCUUUUCGGUAGGAGGAACAAAUAGUGAUAACCAGUCGACAGGGAUUGCACUAGCUUUCAUUUGCCCUCAAUGCGGAGGUGAGUCUGAAGUGGGCUACAACUAUUGUCGUGUCUGCGAAGACUAUGCAUUUCGCUGUAUUAUCUGCGACAACGCCGUCAGAGGAUUAUUUGCUGUUUGCGACAGCUGUGGGCAUGGCGGACAUGUUGGACAUAUACAAUCUUGGUUUGAAAGAAAUUCUCAAUGCCCUUCGGGAUGCGGCUGUAAAUGCAUUUUUGGACAAAAAGCACUAGCUUUGAACAACCCUAAAGUUAUUGCAGCACAACACCGCCCCAUGACAACUAGAGCAGACACGGUGAGAUCCCUUGGCUCAUUGUGAAGCAAUGACUGCUGCGAAAGUCUGGUACAUGUUAUACUUUCAUAGCACUGCUUGAAUAAUCUGUUCACGGUUGAAUGAUGGGAAGAGCAUAUUCCGGUUCAGAUCCUUCUCUACCAGAGUUAGGUAGCAACAUUUCAUGCUUUUACCUUGUGAAACAAUGCGAAUGAGCUGCCCUGCCGCAUAGUCAUCCUCAACCUAGUCUGACUGGCUAAAUCAAGAUACAUGUAUAGAUAGUCGCCUCUGUUAGAACU